UCUGGUGUGGCCGCUUUGCUCGCACGGAUUUUCUGUGUGCGACGAUUUUGGGAUACAUUUGAGGCUGCCCGUAAAACUCCCGUACCCUGCAGAAGUGCAUAUCAACUGUAUUAAUAGUGCACUAUAGCUGGGUAAUGUUUUGAGAAAGCAUAUCCGAGUAUGCGAACGCCGGCACUGCGAUUUCCCAAAAUCUUGAUCGACCGCAUCCUGCAGUGAAGUGUGUGGUAUUAUUGUGUGGUGUGCAGAGCAAAGUAUGAAAGUUACGCCGACUGCGGGUACUGUCACUAUUGAGUCAUAUUUCAACUAGUAUCGGAGCUCUACUAGACAGUCAGGUGAAAUUGAGCUAGAAACACCAUUACACCAGUAUUAAAAGCAUUCAAGCAAGAUGAUGAACACACCAUACAUAUUUAACGAAAUCUAUUACAUCCUUCAAAAGUCUUCACCGUUCGAACUGACGCUGGAGGCGCUUUUGGCGCUCGGCUUGAUAUGCAUAGUAUUCUACAAGCGCACCACGAAAAAGAUACGCCAUCUCGCCCCGACGGCCGAGGAAGAUGUGGUGGCGAAAUGGGUCCCAGAGCCACUGGUAGCCGACGUGCCAGACGAUCAUCCGGCGCUGAAGACGAGGGUCGUGUCCGGUCCGGUCGGUAAGACGGUAACAGUGGACGGCAACGAAUGCAUUAACAUGGCCACGCACAACUAUCUUGGGCUGGCGGAAGAUGACGACAUCAAGCAGGCGGCAGUGAAAAGUUUACGCAAGUACGGGGUGGGGUCAUGUGGGCCCCGUGGCUUCUAUGGCACGGUGGAUGUGCACCUGGAGCUGGAGGAACGACUGGCCAAGUUUAUGGAAGCGGAGGAAGCUGUGGUAUAUUCUUAUGCCUUCUCUACGAUCGCCAGCGCCAUUCCGGCGUACGCCAAGCGGGGAGAUUUGGUGUUUGUUGAUGAAUGCGCGAAUUUCGCCAUCCAAAAGGGACUUGACGCAUCACGCAGUAAGAUUUUCUACUACAAACACAACGAUAUGGACGAUCUGGAGCGGUUGCUUGCUAAGCAGCAAGCUGAGGACAAGCGCAACCCGGCCAAAGCGAAAAAGACGCGCCGUUUCCUGGUAGCCGAAGCAAUCUAUAUCAACACCGGUGAAGUUUGCCCGCUGCCUCGGCUCGUUGAGCUUCGAGAGCGCUACAAGCUGCGGCUAUUCCUGGAUGAGAGUGUUUCGUUCGGUGUGCUGGGAGAAAGUGGACGUGGAUUGAUCGAACAUUUUAAUGUUGAUAAAACUCAAGUUGAUCUGGUAUCGGCCGGGCUGGAAUGGUCCGCCGCCACCAUCGGUGGCUUUUGUGCCGGUUCUUCCUUUAUCGUCGAACACCAGCGCCUGUCUGGGCUUGGGUACUGCUUUUCCGCCUCCUUACCGCCACUCCUCGCCCAGGCGGCCAUCAGUGCGCUGGACCGCUUUGAAGCUGAGCCACGGAUAUUCGAGGAAUUGCGUAGUCGCUGUCGAACCGUUUCAGAAAAGCUUCCUACCCUAACACACUUUCAGUCGCGAGGAGAUCCUCUAUCACCAGUGAAGCAUUUAUACCUGAAGAGCAGCUAUGAUAGCUGGACCAAGGAGAAAAUGCUCCUAGAUAACAUCGCUACUCAGUGCAUUGAAAAUGGCCUUGCAGUAGUUGCAGCUGAGUACCUGGAAGCAAUGGAGAAAAACUGUCCCCGACCAAGCAUACGAUUGACCGUUAGCCGUUUACUGACGGAAAAAGACAUCGACGACGCCUUCCGGAUUCUGGAGCGGGUGUCGGAAAAGAUUCUCGCCAGUGCCGGUUAAGUACGGGAGUAGCUUUUCCGAUCACGGUCCGAUCACUAUUGCAGUCUCUUUAAAUGCACGGGCAUUAACGUUUCUCUCGGGAGAAGUUCAUUAAAACUCUUAACGGAAGCUUGCUUGAAUCAGUAGAGAGGGAAGAGAAACAGCUAGCGUCAUUUUUAACUUAUCCCGGGUUCGAAAAUGCAAGUUCAAUCCCUUGUGCCCUAGUUGCACGGUCAGGUGCGUAAUUCUUCCUAUACUGCAGUCAUGAUACUAAGUAGCAGCAUAUGAGUGUCACUUCCUUGAAAAAAAAAGAAAAACUUGUUUCGCUUUUGUGGCACUCUGCAAACCGCCGCUGUAGCUAGUAUACAUAGUAGUUAGGGCCCAUCACUGCUCUAGGGUUAACACAGAGAAAGGAAAGUAUUGUAUAAUUCGAUUGUAUUAUAAUGAACGUUUACUUUGAUGUCUGUUUUAAGCUAAAUCGCGGUAAUGAUCGAUACGCUACUAUCAGGUUUUUUUUCCAGUAUGCGGCAUUAGCGUAACACACAACGCGCUACUAGCGUAAGGUUAGUGUAAGUGAGUUAUGUUGCAUUUCAUAUUUUACACUAUGGGUUCUUUGGAAUCA